CUCAACUUCAAGAAAUGAGUUCUUUGGAAAAGAAUUGUGUUCCUUCAUCCUCCAAAAUAGAACGUCUUCAGCAGUGGCAGCAGUGCUACCCCAGUGAUUUGAGCUGUCCUAUCUGUCUCCAAACCGCUAAUUUCCCUGUAGAAACCAACUGUGGACAUUUCUUUUGUGGCUACUGUCUAAUUGAAUACUGGAAACAUGGGUCCUGGCUGAGUGCAAUCAACUGUCCACUUUGCAGACAAAAAGUUGUUUUUUUGUACACCUGUUCUGAAAACCAGCCUGACAAGAAAAACAAGCGAACUUUCUAUGACAUCAGAACUUACAACAAACGCUUCUCUGGACAACCUCAGUCUUUUAUAGAUCAUCUUUAUGACAUGCCAUUUCUUCUCCCUGUUAUGCUAAGAGGAAUCUUCACGCUAGCUGCCCUCAUGUGGAUCUUUCUCUUCAGAGUUGUCGUCUGUUUUUUUGGAACGAUCAUGUGCACAACCUGCCCAAUUGAAGGGACGCUUGAACCUCUCUGUGGAAUCUUGCACACAGCUGAUAAUUUAGCUGUCAUUAUCUUACUUUUGAUUAGCUUUAUAAACAUUGGCCCUCAAAUGGAAUCAGAAGGUGCAAACAGGACGAUCUCUAGGGAAGAAACCAUUACCGUGGCAUCAUAAGGGAGGGAACUGUAUUGUCUCUGAAAAGUCAAAAUUAACCAGCCAUGACACAUUUUAAUGGACUAAUAGUGGACUUAGUUUGAAAAAGUGAUUAAGGGCUAAUGUGCUGUAUUGAAUUGUAAGCAAAUAAUAGAGAAUAUAUUAGCAGGAUGCUCUCAUGCUAAUAAAGGACUUAAAACCAGUGAGGUCUCUGAGUCUUUAAACAGGCAUUGCUGCUGUUUAAAGAAUACAUUUUAGAGUAGAGAAGACCAAAUAGUUGAUAUAUCCCUGAUUAGGAUAUUGAUGCUGAUAGUUAGGAACAGGCACAGGAAUUAGGAAACAGAGGGUACUGAGAAAAUAAGUCAGUGGCAAUACAGGAUAAAGUUUAUAUCUAAGUCUAGAUGUUAGUAGAGUAGAGUAGAGUACAGUAGGACCUCGAAAAGAUGGAUGGCUAAGUCAACCUUGAGCUGGUAAGAUUUGAACUGCAAAAUUGCAGGCAGCCAGCAGUCAGCAGAA